AUGAAAGUCUCCAGUUUAUCCUUGGCUAGUUUAUCGGCUGCACCAGUCUGCACUUCCACCAGCAGUGGAGAAGUUUCCUUUUUUCCCAAGGACUCUCCAGUACUUGUUACUGUUUAAUUUCUUAAUUAGUAGCCAUUUUUUUUUCCAGGGUGAGGUGGAAUCCCAGUGUUGUUUGAAUUUGUAUCUCUCGAAUGACCAGUGCUCAUGGACAUUUCUUUUGCUGCCCAUGUUUUUAUUUUUUAUUUUGAAAUAGGGUCUUGCUAAGUUUCUCAGGCUGGGCUUGAACUUCCAGUCCUGCUUUGGCCUCCCGAGGUGCUUGGGGUACCAGUUUUGCUUACCUUCUCUGUAUCGCUUCUUCUGCUGCAAAGUGGUCUCAUCGCUGCCCCUGGCUUGUGGGCUGUAGAUGUGGCCAAGGUGCCCUGUCAGAUGGCUGAGGACCCUGGGGGCCGUCCUGGCUGGUGUUUGUACACGUCCCCAUGGACAAGCACUCAUUCCCUGAAGCCCAGUGGUCCCCACUGCCCUCUGGAGGAAGGCGGAGCACUCUGGGGAGGACUCAGCUGCCUGCCUGCUCUCCCCCAGCUUCCCUGGAGGUGAUCCUCGGAGUGUCCCCGGCUUCUCAGUGUGCAGGAGACUGCAGCGACAGUUUCUCAGAAGAACUCAUUCCUGAGGGCACCCAGGCGUCUUGGGACAAGGACAUCCCAGCUAUUAACCAAGGGCUCAUCCCGGAGGAAAGCCCAGAUGGCAGCUUCCUUGUGGAAGGGGACAUCAUCCGGCCAAGUCCUUUCCAGCUGUUGUCGGUGACCAACAAUAAGUGGCCUAAAAGCGCUGAUGGUGUUGUGGAGGUCCCCUUCCUGCUGUCCAGCAAGUAUGAUGAGCCCAGCCGCCGGGUCAUCCUGGAGGCCUUUGCAGAGUUUGAACGCUUUACGUGCAUCCGGUUUGUCACCUACCAGGGCCAGAGAGACUUCAUCUCCAUCAUCCCCAUGGCUGGGUGCUUCUCUGGUGUGGGCCGUAGUGGAGGGAUGCAGGUGGUGUCCCUGGCACCCCCCUGUCUCCGCAGAGGCCGGGGUAUCGUCCUGCAUGAGCUCAUGCAUGUGCUGGGCUUCUGGCAUGAGCAUGCACGUGCUGAUCGCGACCGAUACAUCCGUGUCAAUUGGCAUGAGAUCCUGCCGGGCUUUGAAAUCAACUUCGUCAAGUCCCGGAGCAGCAACAUGCUGGCGCCCUACGACUACUCCUCCGUGAUGCACUAUGGGAGGCUUGCCUUCAGCCGGCGCGGGGAGCCCACCAUCACCCCGCUCUGGGCCCCCAGCGUCCACAUGGGCCAGCGGUGGAACCUGAGCGCCUCGGACAUCACCCGGGUCCGCAGGCUAUAUGACUGCAGCCCUGACUCCCACAGGAGAGGGUUCCAGGCCCACAGCCAUGGAGGGAGUCCCACAUCUGCGUCCAGACCUUACCUGCAGAGACUCCUGGAGGCGCUGCCGGGGGAAUCCAGGAGCCCUGAGUCCAGUGAUCCUGAAGCUGGCAUUCAGCGUGUUGCUGCAGGACCCAGAGAGAGCCCUCAGGGGUGGGAGCCCCCUGCCUGGAGAAAGUUCAGUGCAGAGGCCUUAGGAAGACCACCUCAGACCCUGGAUUCCUCCCCAAGGUCAAGGCCUCGAGCACUGGCACCGGGCAUGGCUCUGGAGCCGUCCUGGCUGGCCCAAGUGCCCACAGAAUCUCCAGCCCUAUUUUCAGAAGCCAGAGAGCAGCUGACACCUGUCCAGGCCACUGUGGAGAGCCCAGGUCUUCCAGAAGGCUGGGAACCUGGAAGUCGCUUCAGGCGGAUGCCCAGAGCUUGAGUGGGUGGCUUCUGUCUCCAAAGACAGCAUGUUCUGUCUGAGCAGCUCAGUCAUCUGACCCUUGAGCCCCUUAGGCAGCACCCCUGUCUGUUAGCCCCAGCCAGUGUCUCUCAGUGGCCUGAGCUGUCCCCUGUGGCCCUUCCCCAAGGGCUCCUAGGGACAGAGAGGGGCCCUCUGGGUCUGUCUGGAAGGCUGGUCUGAUCUGCUUGCUCUUGUUUUUGCCCAGCCCUUGAGGCUGCAGCAAAUGGCAAGAACAUAACCCAAAUAGAGGACUAGAAGUUCUCUCCACCUCCGGUCCCUGUUUCUAAAAGCUCUGGCCUGAGGGGACAUGACAGGGUCACCCCACUUGGCCUUCCCUCCCCAAUCCCCUGUAUGACCCUGUAUGGUUCCAGGAGCAAAGCCACUCUCUGGGUGCACCCCAAUCCCCAAGGGUACCAUGCUGGGGACCUGCAGAUCGAGGGGUGAGAGGGCCUGGGGCCUUGGCUGUGGGGGGAAGCAGAAAUAAAGUUGGAUGCAUGC